AUUAUGAAUUUGAAAAACAUUCAUAUGCGUCAUUUCAUUAUUUUCUCUUUAAUAUUUACGCUUCUAUUUUUAAUCUCUUUUAUUGGGAAAAGAAAUCAUAUAUUACAAGUUAUCUUUACAAACCAAACAACAGAUGCAACUAAAGAAGCAAUGAAACCAAACAGUGCCAAUCAGUCUGUAUGCCAACAGAAUUCUGGGAAAGAACUCCUUAUCUUGGUUUGGGUGUGGCCUUUCGAUCAACCUUUCCCAUUAGACAGAUGUGAGAAGGACUUCAAUAUUACUGGAUGCAAACUUACAGCAGACAGGGGUCUGUAUGAUACUGCUGAUGCUGUGAUUAUGCAUUAUGCUGAAAUAAUAGGUAACAGAAAUACUUUACCCCAAAAACCAAGACAUCGGUUUCAACGUUGGGUGUGGUUCAACGUGGAACCUCCAUUUAUUGCUACAAAAUUGCAUGAUCUGGACAAUCUGUUUAACAUGACCAUGACAUUUCGUAAAGAUUCUGAUAUCUUUGUUCCCUACGGUCAUAUGCAAAUAUUGAAGGAGAUUCAAAAUUUCACAAUUCCUCCCAAGUCCAAGCUAGUGUCUUGGGCUGUAAGUAAAUGGUACCCAGGUGUCCCUCGUAUUGCAUAUUAUAAUGAACUUAAGAAAUAUAUCCAAAUUGAUAUUUACGGGAAGGGGAACAAACCACUCAACAGUAAAGAUUUCACAAAAACCAUCUCUCAGUAUAAAUUUUACUUGGCCUUUGAAAACUCAAUUUAUACGGACUAUAUCACUGAGAAAAUAUGGACCAAUGCUUUUGACUCAUGGGCUGUGCCUGUUGUGCUAGGGACUCCUCGCAAGAAUUAUGAGCAAUUUAUACCCGGUGACGCAUUUAUUCAUGUGGAUGACUUCUCAAGCCAUAAGGAACUGGCUGAUUACCUAUUAAUGUUGGAUAAAGAUGAUGAGAAAUAUAAGAAAUAUUUUAACUGGAGAUCCUAUUACAAGCCUAUAUUGCAUACUGGAUGGCCUAUAUUGCAUAAUGGAUGGCCAUAUUAUUAUUGCACAGCCUGUAGAGUAUUAAAGAAUGCUCCAGAAUAUCAAGUUAUUCCUAGUAUAGAAAAGUGGUAUUUGGAGCAGUCAUAGUAUGUUAUAAUUAAAGAGUAGUACCGUAACAUUAAA